GCUUCUACAGGGGCUCCUUCAUGCAGGUGCAGUUCUCCAAGGAGAAGUACCUGCUGGAGUCGCCUCCGGAGAAACUCAGGAAGGAGCUGGAGGAGGAGCUCAAACUCAGUAGCAGUGACAUGAGGAGCCACGGCUGGUACCAUGGCCAUAUUCCACGAGAGGCCUCAGAAACUUUGGUUCUGCGUAGCGGUGACUUCCUCGUACGGGACUCCCUGUCAAGCGUGGGCGACUAUGUCCUCACGUGUCGCUGGCAGCAGGACGUGAUCCACUGUUGGAUCAGUAAAGUCCUGGUCAAAAGCGGGCAAACCAAAAUCCAGUACAUGCUGGAGCAUGAGAGCUUCGACUCUGUCCCCAUGCUGGUCAGGCACCAUGCUGGCACGGGUCGACCCGUGUGCCCACGCACUGGAGCCCAGCUGCUGUGUCCGGUCAACCGAAUGCUGCCGCUGAGGUACCUGGAGGCGACAUUUGCUUUGGCUGGUGGGAGACCAGGAUCUGCACAUUCACCAUCGACCCAGAGGGGGGCGCACAUCAAGAGACGAAGCGUUACCAUGACGGAUGGACUGACCACAGAGAAGAUCAUUCCUCACAGCAGUGCAGCCCAGCCUACAGAGCCAGAUGAGUCUCAGACAGUCGAGCCAGAGGUGAAACCAGCGGAGGGCAGCAGCUGCCCCUCUACAGUGCACCAUAAGGAUGCCAUGAGGAACUGCGCCAUGAGCAUGGAUCAAAUCCAAGAGUACCGCUGCCCGCUAUCCCCUGCCUACAGCUCCAUCUCCCGCCACAGACAUGGCUCAGGUGGGCGUGUCCUCGCCGUGAUCCCGCCUUCUCCAGUGAUGCGGCGCUCCAGCGAUCCACAUCUCUCGCCAUCCUCCUCCAAUAACAACCUUCCCUGCUCAGACAUGCCCCCCAGCACCCACUGCACGCCUGCCCACGGUUACCCGUCUGAGAGUUCAGAGCAGGGCGGCAGCUACUGUGAGCUGAGACCCGGUCAAGCCCCCAUUCCUCCCUGCAAGAGCUACGUUGAGAGGCUGAGGGUGGAGGAUGGCCAAAAUCCGGACUCUGGAGCCCCAGAUGGGGUGGAGGGCUUCAUGCUCCCCCUGAUGGAGACCAGCUCCUCCUUCAAGCCUGGGAAAUACCAGUCGACACUUCUGCCAGCCGAGAAUAAACCUCUGGAGAUGAGUGUUUUGAAGAGGGUUAAGGAGCUUCUGGCAGAGGUGGAUCCCAAAACAGCCGCCAAGCACAUCACCAAGGCAGACUGCACGGUUGCUAGGAUACUGGGCGUUACCAAGGAGAUGCAGAGGAUGAUGGGAGUGAGCUCGGGGCUGGAGCAGCUGACUCUUCCGCAUGGACACCAGCUGAGGCUGGAUCUGCUGGAGAGGUUUUACACCAUGUCUAUAAUGAUGGCGGUGGAUUUGUUGGGUUGUACGGGCAGCACAGAGGAGAGAGCCGCCCUCCUGCAUAAAACCAUCCAGCUGGCUGCUGAACUCAAGAGCAAUAUGGGCAAUAUGUACGGAUUUGCUGCAGUCAUGAGAGCGCUGGAGCUGCCGCAGAUCUCACGGCUGGAGCAGACAUGGAUAACACUGCGACAGAGACACACAGAAGGCGCCAUCCUCUAUGAGAAGAAACUCAAGCCAUUCCUGAAGGCCAUGACUGAUGGGAAAGAGAGCUGUGUCCUUUCGAACACCUCUUUCCCUCACGUGGUGCCGGUGUUGUCGCUGCUGGAGCGCGGUGUGGCGGCAGGCGAGGCGCUGGAGUCCUGGGAGAGUGUGGAGUCUGGAGUGGAUGUGGUCAUGAGUCACCUGGAAGCAGCUCGAACCAUCGCUCACCACGGAGGACUGUAUCGCACCAACACUGAGAGCAAGCUUCAGGAUUUCCAGGAGCGGAAGGAGGUGCUGGAAAUCUUCUGUACAGAGUUUCAGAUGAGGCUUUUAUGGGGCAGCCGUGGCUCUGAAGGAAGCCAGGCCGAGCGCUAUGAGAAGUUUGACAAAGUCCUCACCGCUUUGUCCCACAAGCUAGAACCUCCUGUACGACACAGUGAAUUAUAGCACCCCCGCACCCACAAAUGGUAUGAUCCCUGACCUUCCUGUCACUCCUACUCCUGGACCGCACCAUGCUUUUUGGGGGGGAGCCGGAGAAUAUGACAAUGAGGGACUCGCUCUGCAAAACAAGGCACAAAAGGGAACAGGCUUUAUGCGAGCAUGAUAGCGCCUCCUAAAGAACACAGUCGUGAACUGCAGCAAUGGAAUGAAAUACAAAUCUAAAGCCAAAAUCUCUUCUUCAGUGGUGAUCAAGGGCACUUCCUUUUCAAAAAGAGAGAAUGUGAUGAAGUGCACAUUGACUUUAACCCAAAUGGGUCUGAAUCCUGUUUUAUGUGAAUCCAUGAUUUAGUUUCCAUCAGCUUUUAUGUCGAUAAAAAGCAAAGAUGUCUUGCAGAAGUGACGUGUCUCUGUACCGGAGAUGAGACUGCAUUGACUUAACAUAGUCAUGAUUUAUUGCUGGAAUAGACUGAACACACACUCACUUUUCAAAUGUCUGAAUGUAAGUUGCCAAAUCAUGAAUUCAAACAGAUGUCUACUGGAUAAAGAGUCUUAUUUUUAGGCUCAUUUUUUGGGUUCACUUCUGUGUUUUUUCGCUGUUGUCAUGGCUUUAUCGAUAGAAAUGGAGUCGACAGUUACUGUGAGGACUUGGGCCUUCAUUUUUAAUGA